UCAGUCUUUCAUCUUCUCUUCCUCCUCUCUCCCAUCUCUCUUUCUCUCUCUUCCUCAGCAAAUGGGUCUUUGUUUCAGCAGGAAGGAAAGCCCUUCCCCUCCUUCCGAUCCCAUUCCAAAAUGUGUUCCAAAUGAGAAGAAUGUGAAGGAGGAGAAGGAGAAGCAAAGAGUAGCAGCAGCUCAGCCAGAAGCAGAAGUAGCCACUGAGAAGAAGCAGGUCUUCGUCAUCACCCAAGCUGCAAAGAAAACUGCCGCUGUCACUGCCGAGGAGAAGGAUAGGAAGAAAGCGGAGACGCCCACAAAGAAGAGCUACAAAAAAGAAGAGAGCAGUGGGAGCGGUGGCGACCGGAGUCCUCUAGACCCAGUGAGGACUUCGAGCUGCACAAAGGAGGAGGUGGAUGCUAUACUUAUCCAGUGCGGCCGCCUCAGCCGCAGCUCAUCAGGGAAGGCUGGGCAUAGGAGGAGGUACUCGGGCUCGAAGCGGAGCUACGAUUUUGAUAAUGAGAAGAAGAGGGAUGAGGAGGAGGAGGAGGAGUGGGAGAAGCCAAUCUCUAGGCCUUCUCCUCACCGGAGGACACCCGGCAGGGAGCGGUCUGGAAGCAGGGAAAGGAGCAGUGGCGGGGGAAGAAGGGCGAGCCGAUCACCAGGGAGGAGAUCGCCAGGGAGGAGAUCGGAAGCUCCAACUUCAUCCAGCUCUGCCGGUGAGAAAUCGAAGCAACCUGCGAAGAUGGUGUCGGUUCCAGCGAGGGAGAAGGGUGGUGGGUUGGUCACCGAGGCUGGAGGGGCGGGUACGACGAGGGUCUCCUCUGCUGCGGCUAGCAAGAGAGGCGGUGAGGUCAGGGGACUGAGGAGCGCAUCCCCUCGGUCCCGGUCGCCGGCGAAUACCACGAGGACGGCAAAUGAGAAUGCGGUUCAUCACAAUGCUCAGCCUCAGUCCCUCAGCCGGAGCUCGUCCAGGAAGGCGGAGCAAUCGCCUUACAGAAGGAAUCCGAUGGCGGAGAUCGAUGAAAACUCCCACAGGGGAAACCAGAAUGGCAGCAGUAAUUAUAAGGCACAGAAGACCAAAGAAGGGGAGGAAGGGUUGAGGAAGCCAAGUCAAUCACAGACUCAGAAAGCGAGUGAAAACAUUGCUAAUUUGCGAAAAUCCGAGAAGAGAAAUGGAGGAGCAGUGGAGGUUUCGAAUGGGGUUAAAAGCACCAAUGUAAUCACCAGCUCCCUUCGUGAGCAGCUAGUGAACUGCCAAGCCAAGGAGCAGCAAAUGGAGCAUGAGAUAAGGGAGGGAGCUCUGCAGGUCAAAGGGGCUUCAAAGGAUGGUGAGGCUCAUUUGACAAGCAAUGGAGUAGAAAGCCUCCAUCCAAUAACCAUAACAAGAACUAGAUCCUCGAGGAGAUCUUCCAGAGAUUUCGAGAAUGCUCUGGAUCUCAAUCCAGAUAAUCACCUCAAUCCGGCUUCCUAUACCUCUUUGCUGCUCGAAGAUAUCCACAAUUACCACCAGAAAAACACUGCCUUUUCUCUCCCUGCUUGUGUCUCCAAGGCCUGCUCCAUCCUUGAGGCAGUGGCUGACCUCAACUCCUCCUGUUCUGAAAACAAGAGCUCUGAAGCAGACCGUUCUAACAACGAUAAUGACUCACUCAAUGGGCGAUUUGGAAGAAGGGGUUUGGUUCCAAAGGGGCCAUUUGUUGAGUCUGAGAUCGUUGUGAAGGAUGAUCUGAUGGAGCCCAGCCUCCACAAAUAUAUCUCGGUGAGAGACUUGGGAGGGGAGGUGGAGCCGCAAGAGUCAGCAGGGAGCAAUAGCUUCAUAGGACAGCCCUGGUCUUCUUCUUGGGAGCCCAAUUCAGUCGAUUCCACCGACCGAUAUUGGACUUCGCAGUCGAUCAAUGGCGACGAAGCUGAACAGCAGCAGCAACAGUCGAUGCCAGAUGUCGCCCGCAACUCUGAAGAUCGGGGCAGGAGAUUGAGGAGUGGAUCUUGUACCAACAGCCUCCCAACUACAAUGCCAUCAGGCAGCAAGAAGAUAGAGGUUGAUCAUCAUCGCCCGCUUCACCGUGGUGGUAGCAGUCUUGGUGGUGGGAGUGGGAAAGCUGGUGGCAGUAGGUCCUUGUCACUUCCUGUUGCUGCUGCUGCUGCUGCUAGCUCUUAGCAUCAAUAUCAUGUGGCUUUAGUGUUGCAAACUUACUCAUGUCUAGGUUGAUGUCAUAGCAAGAAAGUUUGCUCUUCAAAGAUGUGAUAUUUUUCUCUCCUAUACAUUGUUCAGAUGUAGUCAUCGCAAUGACAGAAGCAAUGUAUGCCCUUUUCAUUGUUCUUCUUGUGUUUAAUGUUCGGUAGAGACCUCAAAUCAUUUUGUUCCAGUGGAAAUGUUAGGUAUGUGAAUUUGAUUUGCA